GAUAAUAUUUGCGAAUAACUAAGUAGUAUUUAAAUCAAUUUAAAAUAAUUAAUUAAUCAGAUUGAAUUUGAUCAUCUAAUAAAAGUUAGAAUUGCAUUUUUUAUGAUGAUAUCAUCUUAAUAAUAGCCAAUCUAAUCUCAAUAGCAGUAAUAGUAGCUUAAUUCUUUUUAGCGAUAGCCAAUUAACUCCAUCCAUAGAGCUAUGAAUGGUUAGAUUUAAUCUGCCAAUAGACCAAAUCAAGCUCAAAAUUAAUUUUUAUAUUAAAAAAACUUACAUCAAAAUCAAGCAUAACCUAAUAAGCGCAUUAAAACUAUUAAAAAACCUUCUCUGAUGGCAAGGGCGGGGAGGAAUGUAGUUGAGGAAAGAAAAAAUAGUUUCCCUACUUAGAGUUCUGAGUAACCAAAAUAUAUUCCCCAAAAUGGACAAUUAAUAUUAAAUGGAGUGAAUCGAGGAAAUAAUAAUCCUUAAGUAAACUUAGCUUCAACUUCUCAAACUAGUUAUUUAUCGACUAAUAACACUUUGAUUUUAGGUAACAAUAAUAGCAAUAAUAUGAAUUCAAAUUUAAACCAAAGCAGAAGAGUUAGUAACACCAUAAAUGGGUAAAUAAAUAAACAUUUUGAAAAAAAGCAUGGCUAUGAUAAAAAAAUCAAUUAAAUUGGAAAUUAUUAAGGCGGAAAUCCUUCAAAUCAUUUCUAUCAAGGAUCUUCUCAACCUUGUGUUUAAUGUGGUUAAAAUGGAUGCAAUAGCGUAUGCGGAUUAAGUGUAGUUGGGCAAUAAAUAUAAAAUGGUGGAAAUAACAGCAUCUUGGGUAACAAUAGUAAUGUGGUUUCUUAUAAUUAACCGCAGGAUUCACAGAGAAUGAGAUUUUAAGCUUCGGCCUAAAAUAUUUUAAAUUAAUCAGGCUUGUAAAAAAUCUAAUCAAAUAAUUAGUCUAAUAAUUCAAAUAUAGCUAGCUAAAGUAGCUCAAGUUGCUUUUCUAAUUAAUAAUAAAAUAAUAUCUAAAAUAGAUAACACUCUAAUUAAAUUUCUAUUCACUCCUCAAAUAAUUUUUUAGAAAACUCUUAACAACUGCAGUAAUCUCAAAACUAUUUAAAUUAAAAUAAUUCCAAUAGGAAUAAAAGAAAUUCUAAUGUAGCUAAUGGAAGGAAUAAUAACAUUCGUAAUAUUCCCAUAUAAGAGUUAAUAAACAUCAAUUAAAAUUAAAUAUAAUUAAAUAAUCAUGUGAUGGAUAUGUCAUUUAGUAAUAAAGAGAGCUAAUAUCAUACUUUAACUUCAAAUGUGAAUGAUCAAUUUAAUCAAUAAAAUGAUUCUCCUUUGUAAAUUUUAGCAUCUAAUAGGCAUUAGCGUGUUAGAUAAGCAGCUGCUCAAAUCGAAAAUGCAAACAAUCAAAGGGCAAACUCUAAUAAUUAAAAUAACUAACAUACAAAUAAUACAGGAAGAGCUAGAAAUCCAUAAACAAUUAGGUCAUUUAGCAAUAAAAAUAAUAAUAAUAAUAAUAUCAAUCAAAACUAAAAUAGAUAGAAUGGAAACUAAAAUUUUCAAGGUCCAUAAAAUGAAAACUAAACCCAUUAAUAAAAUUAAUAUUCUGAUUUGCAGAUAAUAGGAAUUAGUACAGAAGGAAAUCAAACAAGUAACUAAUAUAAUUAAAAUAGAUAAUAAUAACCCACAUAAUAAAGUUAGUAAAGUCAUCAUAAUAUUAGCCAUAGACAUAACUCAUUAUAAAAUGAAAAUAUUCGCAGAAAUUCCAUGCAAUAACCUAGUUCGAAUGGGCAACUAUAAAAUAACAAUAUAUAAUUUAACUAAGCUUUCAACAAUAGUUCUGCAAGCAAUUUAAAUGAUCAUAAUAGAUAAAAUUAGCAGCAUCAAGCAAGAUACAGAAUUACAGUAAGACCAAACAAUUCAAAUAAUUAAGCUAAUUAUCAAUAGUAAUAAAAUAGACAGUCAUAAUAAUAGUCCCUUUCAGAAACGUUAAACGAGUUUUCUUAAAUUUAAAAUGGAAAUACUUAUAACUAAUACAUGAACUAGACUGGGAUGUCUCAUAUAUAAAUGGUAAAUAACGAAUACCUAAACUUAAAUGUUAAUUCAUUAGCAUAAUCAACAACUAGUGAUUUCUUUGGUAAUACGAAUAACGGAUAUAAUUAAUUUUUAAAUAGCUUAAAUUAGAGCAUAAUUGAAAGGUAUAAUUAUGACUUUGAUAGUUAAAAUAAUAAUAAUGAAGUUGAAAUAGAAGAUGAUGAAGAUAAUAAUAACAAUCAAAUUAUAUAAAACAUUGAAGAAGACGAUUAAAAUGACAACGAGGAAUAAAAAUAAGAAGACUACGAAGAUUACACAAGUUAAUAUGAUCAAAACUUCAUUGAGCUGAAUAGAAUAAGAAAUCUGUAAGCAAACUAAAUUAAUUUUAUGAAUUAAAUAAACUCAAUUAACAACAGAUAGAUUAAUAAUAAUCCUCAAAACAAUAAUCAUUUAAAUUUUAAUUUACAAAAUGUGAACCUUAACAAUAACAUCUUAAGAAGAAUAAGUAAUAAUUAGUAGCAAUAACAAUAAAUUAAUCACUAACACUUGUUAUCUUAAAACGCUUAAAAUCAAUCUACAAACAAUAACAGCAAUUAUGGAUACGAUAUUUUCUCAAAUGAAGAGAACCAUUCUUACAAUUAGUCAUAAAUGAAUCAUUUUCUGCCAAAUAUUUACUACCCAAAUAAUCAAUCUAGUUAAUAGAAUAAUAUUAAUAGAAGACAAUAUGAAAGAACUUAACAUGCAGAACCUCAUACAAUAUUAAGAUAAAACGGAAGAAGGAAUAGAAGAAGAUGGAAUUAACAAUUAAGUAGAAAUUAAAAUCAAGGCAAUUCUAAUUAACAAAGAUAAUCAAAUGAAGGCAGUUAAUAAAUUGCUGGAUCUAAUUCUAAUCUAAAUUCAAUGCAAGCUUAUAUUGGAUAAAAUGAAUUUAACAACAAUAUUUUAAAUAACUUUAUUGAAUAUUAAUCUGAUUACUAGGAUUAUAAUGAAGAUAGCGAAUAAGAGAGUUAUAUUUAUGGUGAAGAAGAAGAAAAAUAAUCAUUUGAAAGAUAUAACUUCAAUUCUCAUAUGUUUGACAAUGGGUAUCUUUUUCAAUAAUAUUAAGAAGAAGAUAGCCAAGAUUAGUAAGAAGAAAACUAUGAUUCUUAAUACUUAUAAAAUACGGAAAAUAAUAUCAAUUUCGAAGAAGAUAUUGACAGCUAUGAUAAUAAUGAAGAAUAAGAUGAAGACGAUGACAAUUAAGAUGAUGACGAUGAAGAAGAAGACGAUGAUGAUGACGAUGAUAAUGAUAAUGAUGAUGAUGACGAUAAUGAAAGUUAGAUAUAUGAAAAUAAUUUUAAUAUUACAUUCUAAAUAAAUUCCCCAAAUGAAAUAAAUUUCAAUGUGAAUUAGAUAAACAUUGAUAUUGACAAUUAAAUGUAUGAAAACUCAUCUUAAAUAAGUCUACCUGAUCCUAGAUUCUUUGACGAGUUUGCAAGAAAUCUGAUGAGAGAUAUUUUAAAUAGACACGAAUUAAAUAGCUUGAUAUCUAGGCAUAUAUAUUCUUUCUAGAUUGACUCAGAGGCAUUAUAGCAAGAAGAAAGUAAUUAAGUGCCUGGAAUGAAUUAAGAAGAAAUAGAUAAAAUGAAAACGACCUUCCACACAAGCAAUAAAACACAUAAGACAUGUGCAAUAUGCUUAAAUGAUUUUGAUGAAGGAGAAAAAGUCAAAGAAUUAAACUGCGAGCACAGGUUUCAUAUUUCAUGUGUUGAUGAUUGGCUUAAAAUCAAAGGAAGCUGUCCUUUAUGCAGGUAAAAUUUAGUCUAAGUAAACUCAGACUAAUAAAAUGAAGAUAAUUAAGAUUUGUAAGUUGAUGUUUCAUACUGA